GCCAGCAAGGCGUGUUUUCAGCGUAGAGCCACUUUCACAAGCGCCUCGCGACGAAAGAUAUUUAUUGUAGUUGUUAUUAUUCGUCCUUAAUCGCUGUUCCUUUCUAGUCAUCCGAACAGGCUCUCUUUUUUUGGCUCGUCCGUCGUCGUUCACGGCGCAGCCAUACAGAGCUGAGCUAGGCGCAAUUAUUGUUUUAUUUCACCACCAAUUUAAUAUUGAAUUAAAAAAAAAAAAAAAAUUAAUUAUUAUUUUGGAAAUGAGAAGGACGUUAUUGGUUGUCGUGGUGUGCUAUUGCUGCUGCUCUUUGGCCAGUGGCACACUCUCGAAAACGGAUCUGAAGAAGUCCCAGAAAGAUGAGUUUGAGAAUGAGGCAUCCCCAGCAUCAGAGUCUGUGUCAGAGAGAGGACUGGUGGCAUCAGCCAUCCACUGGAGGGAUGUCGUGAAGGAGGAGAAGAGAUAUUGUGCUCACAUCCAGAAAACUUUUGAAGGAGAAGUGCUUGGUUAUGUUACACCUUGGAAUUCCCACGGGUACGACAUCGCCAAGCUGUUUGGCCCCAAACUGACUUCGUUGUCUCCAGUGUGGCUUCAGCUUCGCCGGCGAGGACUCCAGCGCUUUGAGGUCACGGGGCUCAACGACCAUGAUGCAGACUGGGUCAAAGCGGUGCGCAAGUCCAACAAAAAAAUCAAGAUUGUGCCUCGGCUACUGUUUGACGGCUGGUCCUAUCAGGACUACAUGAGCGUGCUGACCAGUGAAGAUGAGAUCGAGGAGAUGGGAAGUGAGCUGGUGCAGGUUGCCAAGUCGGAGGGAUUUGAUGGCUUCACCUUGGAGCUGUGGAGCCAGCUGGCAGGCAACAAAAGAAAAGAACUGGUGCACUUGGUGACACACGUGUGUAAAAUGCUGAAGGCUGACCAAUUACACUGCAUCCUCGUCAUUCCUCCUGCUGUGACGAGCACCGGACAGCCUGGCAUGUUUGACAGGGAGGAGUUCGAGCAACUCGCCCCUGUAGUGGACAGCUUCAGCCUCAUGACAUAUGACUACUCCAGUGGUGCCAAACCGGGUCCGAGUUCCCCCGUGUCCUGGGUGAAUGACUGCGUCCUCCAGCUGGCCCCCACCAAAAAGUGGAGGUCCAAGAUUCUGCUCGGACUCAAUUUGUACGGCCUGGACUUUGCCAACCAGCAAACGGACCCCGUCCUCGGGGGGAGGUACAUAGAGAUUUUGCGGGAAUACAAGCCAAAAAUCAUCUGGGAUAACUAUAAUGCUGAGCAUUACUUCACCUGCAAGAGAAGCAAUGGAGUUAAACACCUGGUGUACUAUCCAUCAUUGAAGUCAAUACACAUUAGGAUCGCUGUGGCUAAAAAACUGGGUACUGGCCUCUCCUUAUGGGAACUGGGACAAGGGCUUGACUACUUCUACGACCUCCUUUGAGCCGUCAGCACAUGGAUAUUUCAUCUAUUUCUCAUUUUGUUGCACUAAAACUCACGUUUCUGUGUGGGUAUAUUUGGUUUGGAAGUGCAAAUGAUAUAAAAUCUAUGAAAAAAUGAGCUGCCGAAGGAAUUUAAUUGCUGAUCGUAGCAAAGGAAAGGUACCUUGCUGUGGUUACUGUGUAAUUUCUGAAAAUAAAUCAACUGUGAAGUUCAGUCGUGUGAUGCA